CCUGCUGCUACCUGGCACCAGCUACCUGCCCGGCCGGGGCCGCGGUCGGGAUCCGUCUAACGCCGCGUUCCCUCACGGGGGUGUGUUGGGGGGAGCCCUUUUUCCGACUGUCAAAAUGGUUAUCAAAGUGUUUGUUGCCACAUCUUCUGGGUCCAUAGCGAUUAGGAAGAAGCAGCAAGAAGUAGUAGGCUUUUUGGAAGCUAAUAAGAUCGACUUUAAGGAAUUAGACAUUGCUGGAGAUGAAGACAAUAGGAAGUGGAUGAGGGAGAAUGUUCCUGGAGAGAAAAAACCUCAAAAUGGAAUCCCUUUGCCCCCCCAGAUCUUCAAUGAAGAGCAGUAUUGUGGGGAUUUUGACUCUUUCUUCUCUGCAAAAGAAGAGAAUAUUAUUUAUUCAUUUCUGGGUUUGGCUCCCCCUCCAGGCUCAAAGGUGGAAAAAUCAUCUGAGGAAACAUCUUCUCUUCCCAAUGGUGAUGUAGUGGGAGAGGAACAGAGCAGUGUAGAGGGGACAGAGAAGACUGAAGAGAGUGGAGAAAAUGAGGCACAAAAAGAGGACAACGGGGACGCGGGUGACCUUGCUGAGUCUCAAGAGAAGAAUACGGGAGAAGUAACGGAAGACGGAGCAGAAGGGGAAGCAGAGGAAGAGGAAGCUGAGGAAGCUGAGAAAGGAGAAGAGGCCGGAGAGGAAGAAGGAGAAGAUUCUUAGGCCUCUUCAUGCUUGACUUCUUCAGCUUUUCCAGAAAACCCAAGCUACGAAGCAGUAUUUCAACUGUCUGCCCACAAACCAAACUCAACAAAACGCUUUGGCGUGAAGCUAGCCCGCCUCUCUCAGUACAACCGGGUUUACUGAGGCUUGUACCACCUGACGUGGUUAGAUGUACACGGAUAUGUCUACCUAAUCUUAGCAACGUGAAAUUCCAUGCGAAGACAACUCGUGCAUACUUUCAUGUGCCUGACAUCCUUGGCCUUUGCUUAAAUUUUUUUUUAAUUUUUUUUUGCUCUGCAUGAAUAGAUCUUCUUACUAAUACCCUGGAGGAAAAAAAUCGAUUUUGAAAAAUAAUUUCAAAAUUUAGAACUUCUCUUUGUGGUGUAAUAAAAGUAUUUCUUUGUAUGUUUCUUCUGCCACUUGUCUCAGAAUUAGCUGAAAAGAGCUUUGAAAAUAAAGAACUUUCCAUAAAACAAUCACACAAAUAAAGAUUAAUGGCAGAUCUCUUGUCCCAUGGAA